AUGCUAGUGGCCUGCAAGAAGCAGAAGGCUGAGGAGAAGAAGAAGCAUGAUGAAGAAGCCAUGCAGGCCCACACCCAUGCAAUGAUGGCUGCUCUUGAAGUCAAAGUUAUGAUCCAUGAGCACAAUCAUCUUGCUGCUGCUGAUCUGUUGAAGGAUGAGAUGGAGGAGGAGAUGAAAACAUUUCAGAGCCAUUUGCAGGCUUCAUUGAAUGAGGAGAUGCUACCACCAUCAGAAAAGAUGGGUGAGGAGAAGUUUGAGAUUGUUGUCUCUUUUGAUGAAGAGGAGGAGAAUGAGGAGGAGAAGGAUGACUGA